AUGGCUACAAAUCAAAGCAACAAAAAAAGACUAAGAAGAAUAGACGAUCGAGAGAGAAGGAAGGUCACACACAAUACAUCCACGGUGCGAGUUGAUUCUUUGAUUUGUGGUUACACGAAGAAUGGGUUGCGUGAGGAAGCUUUGGAUGCGUUUGGGAAGAUGCAAAACGCAGGUGAUGAGCGUGAUGAAGUUGCAGUUGUUGGUUUUGCCAUUAAUGGGCAAAGCAAAAAGGCUCUAGAGUUCUUCAGGGGAAUGGAAGAGUCAAAUGAGAAGCUUGAUGAGAUAACAUUUCUGCAUGUUCUCUCUAUCGGCCUGUGUGUAUGGGGAUUUGUAGACGAUGCUUUGGAGAUUUUUUCUAAGAUGGAGAAAUAUGGGUUUUCAGCAAGUAUAAGCACCAUGGGUGUCUGGUUGACCUUUUGGGGAGAGGAAGAAGGGAAGGAACUUGUCAUGAACCAAGAAUCAUCAAAUGACAAAAACCUCAUCAAUAAACCUACAAUACCCCCAUACAUGAAAGCUAUAUCCGGCUCUUUGGGAGGGAUUGUGGAGGCGAGUUGUUUGCAACCAAUUGAUGUUAUCAAGACAAGAUUACAGCUCGAUAGAAGUGGGAAUUACAAGGGGAUAAUCAAUUGUGGAUCCACGAUUGUGAGAACGGAAGGGGUACGGGCUUUAUGGAAAGGAUUGACUCCGUUUGCUACUCAUUUGACCUUGAAAUAUACGCUUCGUAUGGGUUCUAAUGCGGUAUUGCAGUCUGCGUUUAAGGAUUCAGAGACUGGGAAGUUGAGUAAUCGUGGGAGGUUGAUGUCUGGGUUUGGUGCUGGAGUUCUCGAGGCUCUUGUUAUUGUUACUCCUUUUGAGGUUGUAAAAAUUAGACUGCAGCAGCAGAAAGGGUUAAGUCCUGAGCUUCUGAAGUACAAGGGUCCUGUACAUUGUGCUCGUAUGAUCAUCCGUGAAGAAGGACUGCUUGGGCUCUGGGCAGGGGCUGCUCCAACUGUUAUGCGCAAUGGGACAAACCAGGCGGCCAUGUUUACAGCCAAAAAUGGUUUUGACAUACUCUUGUGGAAGAAACAUGAAGGUGAUGGGAAAGUCCUCCAACCAUGGCAGUCUAUGAUAUCUGGAUUUCUUGCUGGAACUGUAGGUCCAUUUUGCACUGGCCCAUUUGAUGUUGUCAAAACAAGGUUAAUGGCUCAAAAACGAGAAGGGGGUGAAUUGAAGUACAAAGGCAUGGUCCAUGCUAUCAGAACAAUAUAUGCUGAGGAAGGGCUUUUUGCCUUGUGGAAGGGACUGCUGCCUCGGCUGAUGAGAAUACCACCUGGUCAGGCCAUUAUGUGGGCUGUAGCUGACCAAAUUACCGGCCUUUAUGAGAAGCGAUAUCUACACACUGCAGUGUCCCUGACCCUACUAGCAUCUAUUAAUUUCCGGGGAUCAUCUGUCCUUCCAACUAUAAGGGGAACUGGAAGUUCUCAGCUUUGGGGUUCUGUCUACUUUUGGAGUCUUCCUAGCUGUGCUGGAAAUCAGCUGAGGAAUGUGAACCGCAUACUUGAUUCUGAUCUGCAAAGCAGUAAGAAGCGGUAUGCUGAACUUGUUGAUCCGUGUGAUGCAUUAAAGAAAGGACGUGAGGAAUCUGGUGAACGAGAGGAGGCUUUGGCCGACCUGAAAACCAUUGAAAUGAAGUAUAACGAACUGAAGGAGGAGAAGGGGAAGUACGCAGACAAUGAUCCUGCUGCCUUUGAAGCAAUGAGUAAAGAACUCUCCAUCUUUAGAAAGCUACUGAAGUCGCUCAUGUGGCAGCAAACAGAUGGACAGGUCCAAUCAGUCCUUGGUGUAACACUAUCAUAUGACCGUCAUGCACUCAUAGUUUCCAAUGGAAUUUGUUUGUCAAAUUUUCUGGUCCCAGUUGUACAUAAAGAGAGCUCUUUGAUUGUGUCAAUAGAGCCUGUUUAUCAGGCAGGAAUAACAGAUGAUUUUGACUAUUUGGAUAUUUUACCAGUUAUUCCACUCGACUCUGUUACUGAUCAGAUGCCGGAAGGCAAUCCUUGA